CGGCGCCGGCUGCAGGCGUGCAUGUACCGGCGUGAAGGAGGCGGCCUGGACCGUUUGUCAUCGCCCGUUAAUCUCUGCGUUUGUCAGGUUAAAAAACCGGAAUAAUCCCUGAAACAUGCGUGACUUAUUGUAGCCGCGAAGAUGCUGACAGACAUGAUUGUGGAGGAAGAAUUUGAGAUCAAGGAGGAGGAACCGUGGUACGACAAGCAAGACCUUGAACAUGACCUGCAGCUGGCGGCCGAGCUCGGCAAGACCCUUCUGGAGCGAAACAGGGAGCUGGAGCAGGGGCUGCAGCAGAUGUACUCCACCAACCAGGAGCAGCUGCAGGAGAUCGAGUACCUGACGAAGCAGGUGGACCUCCUCAGGCAGGUCAAUGACCAGCACGCCAAAGUGUACGAGCAGCUGGACGUGUCGGCCCGAGAGCUGGAGCAGAGCAACCACAAACUGGUCCUGGACAACAGGACGGCCCAGCAGAAGAUCCAGGGGCUGACGGAAACGGUGGAGCUGCUGCAGACGCAGGUGGAGGAGCUGCAGCAUCAGGUGGAGGAGCUGAAGCUGAGUCCUUGUCAGCUUCAGAAGCCUCCGCACGGGGAGAAGUGGCCGCCUCGCAGCACUCAGAGCGUGUCCUGCCUGAAAGAGCUGCAAAACACACUCAGGUACGACGACGACCCCGACGAACCCUCAGGGGGCCUCGAGUCCUCCGACGCGUCGUGGCGUGAGGAGGAGCAGGCGUCGCUACGACAAUCCCUCCGCGCCCUCCAGACUCAGUUUGCCAGUGAGCGCGCUCAGAGGGAGGAGUCAGAGCGAGAGGCGGAGCUGCUCGCCAGCGAAAAUGCGGCGCUGGAGCAGCAGCUGGCGGGGAUGGAGGGCUGUCAGGCCAGAGUGGCUGAGCUGGAGCGUGAGGCCGAGGAGCUUCGCCAGCUCUGGAAAUCCUCCACGAGAUCCACCAGGCCGGACAUCAUCCACAGCCUGCUGCCCAGCUCCAUGUUCCUCAGCCCGGAGGAGGAGGGCGGAGGGGAUGCAGCUGCAGCGAGAAGCCCCCGGCCCCUGAAGCGCUGGGACAGCGAGCGCCUCAUGAAGCUGGCGACGAUGCCCGACUCGCCCGACAGGAUCUACGACCACGAGUGCUCCUGCGUGCGCCGAGCCGAGGUGGUGAAGUAUCGCGGGAUCUCGCUGCUCAACGAGGUCGACGCCCAGUACAGCGCCUUGCAGGUGAAGUACGACGAGCUGCUGCGGCGCUGCCACCUGGGGCUGCAGGAGGAAGAGCAGGACGGGCAGAGCCACAAGUCGGUCCAGACCGCAUCCCUCGCCGCCGCCUCUUCUGCUCUGACAGACAUGGAGGACGACUUUCACCAGCCGGAGUACAAGGAACUUUUUAGGGAAAUUUUCUCCCGCAUUCAGAAAACCAAAGAGGACCUGAUUGAAAACAGGGGGGGAGCCUCAGCUGGAGAAGAGCUGCCUGUUUUAUAUUAGUUGCCUCCAAAAAAAAAAAAAAAAAAGGGACUGCUCCAAGAUUAAUAAUCGUCUUCCAGUUGCAGAGAGACUCUUUGGAAAGACUUUUUCUGCAGCACAUGAAGCUAACCAACUCUACUGUACUGUAUGUUAUUUGUUAUUUGAUCGCCAUGCAGAGGGGUUCAGAGAUCAGAGUGAUGCAGGAACACGAAGGCCAAACACCACCAGCUCACGCCUCAGACGUGGCUCAUUUUGCACAGAAACACCGGUGCCUAACGCUGCCGUCUCCACUGUACAAUCACUCUACCUCACUUUGCUCUCAAACAAGCUCCUGAGGGGAUCACAUCCGGGUCGUCUCUGCAGAAACUGUGUCGGUCCUGUGUUUCCUAGAAUUUCCUAAAAAAAAAAAAAAGGAUGUAAUGUGAAUUCAUAGAAAGUUUCCUGGAAAAGACGCAGACAUAAAGAUGCAGUUUGGUU